CCAGGCGCGCAUGCGUGCUUCUCCCGACCGGGAGCCGGGGGCCAUGGCACGGCCGGGCGCAGGGCGAGCGCGGUACUUACUGCUCCUCGCGCAGGAGAACUUGGAAUUCCGGCUGCCGGAAAUAAAAUCUUUGGUUUCCCUCUGUGGUGGACGAUUGAGCAGUCAGCAGGAACUACGACUAAAUUCUCCAUUUUGGAUUCUUAGCCUUCCUUCAGAAGAUAUAGCUAGAGGACUAAUGCAACGAACAGUAUGUGCAAAAUCUAUAUUUGAGCUGUGGGGUCAUGGAAAAUCUACAGAUGAGCUGUACUCUUCAUUGAAGAAUUAUCCAAUAGAGAAUAUGGCUCCGUAUUUACAGUCUGACUUAACGUACAAGAUAAAGGUUCAUGCUUUUAACAAAACACUGACACAAGAAGAAAAAAUACAAAGAAUAGAUUCUCUAGAGUUUUUACCAUUUGAAGGAAAAGUGAAUUUAAAGAAACCGGACAAUAUAUUUUGGUUACUAGAAGAUUAUGGAAUGGAUCCAAACAAUAUUCCUGAGCAUCCUAUUGAUUUGUAUUUUGGGAGAUGGAUUGCCAAUGGACAAAGGGAUCUUAUUGAAUCAUACAGUGUAAAAAAGAGACAUUUUAUUGGGAAUACAAGCAUGGAUGCUUGUUUGGCCUUUAUCAUGGCAAACCAUGGGAGAGUAAAACCAAAUGAUGUUGUAUUCGAUCCAUUUGUCGGAACAGGCGGACUUCUUAUCGCAUCAGCACACUUUGGAGCCUAUGUAUUUGGAACGGAUAUAGACUAUAGCACAGUACAUGGCCUGGGCAAAGCUAGCAGGAAGAACCAGAAGUGGAGAGGGCCAGAUGAAAAUAUCAGAGCAAACCUCCGGCAGUAUGGUUUGGAAAAGCACUACCUUGAUGCAUUCGUUUCUGAUGCAUCAAGGCCCAUAUGGAGGAAGGGAACACAGUUUGAUGCAAUAAUCACAGACCCUCCCUAUGGAAUUCGAGAAGCCACCAGAAGAACUGGUUCACAAAAGGAGAUGGCUAAAAUGACAGAAAAGGGAACUGAAAAUCACAUCUCCAUUUCCUCAAAUUAUCAUCUGAGUGAUAUCCUUUUUGAUCUGUUAAAAUUUGCGGCGGAAUACCUGGUGAUUGGAGGAAGAUUGGUUUACUGGCUUCCUAUAUAUAAACCAGAAUAUACAGAAGAGAUUAUACCCCGGCACCCGUGUCUGAAACUGAUUAGCAACUGUGAGCAGACACUUUCCAGCCACACGUCAAGAUACCUGAUAACCAUGGAAAAGGUGAAAGAAUUUGAGGAUGAAGACCAUGAUGUUCACAUAUUGGAAAGCCAAUACCUGCCAUACAAAAGUCACAAUUCCUUUCGUGAUAAGUAUUUCAGUGGAGUGACAAAAAGAAUUGCCAAGGAAGAAAAAGACAGCCAGAAAUAAUCUUUCUUUAAAAAAAGAAAGAAAGAAAGACCGCUACAAGCAAAGUACUCAUGAGGCUUACAUUUGGUUAUUAAAACAUCUGGACCUCAAUGUUAUGUGGAUGCUUCAGAGAACAAAUACUGUUUUUAAUUUUUUAAAAACUCAAAGCAAAAACCACAACUUAAGUUCAGGACAGUUCUUUUUCAUUAACUUUGUUUAUACCAGAUUAUUGCACAACUUUUUUUUACUCUUAUUUAAUUUAUUUUUGUACUUUACGGUCUAAUGAUAAUGGACUACAACCCUUGUCACUAAAAAAAAAUUUCAGCCCGUUACCUCUUAACAAAAAUGAGUAGUAUUUUUUGACUUUUUAAACUGUGAACAGCUGGAAGUCUUAAAUAUAUUUUUGUUAUUAGGAAGAUUGAUUUUAUUUGCUUUUUUUCUUUUGCAACUGAUGUAAAAUAAAGUCUGCAAAGAUG